GGAAGCCAUGAGGAAUUACCUGAAGGAGCGAGGGGACCAAACUGUCAUGAUCCUGCACGCGAAGGUUGCCCAGAAAUCCUACGGCAAUGAGAAAAGGUUCUUCUGCCCACCUCCUUGCGUAUACCUGAUGGGCAGCGGCUGGAAGAAAAAGAAGGAGCAGAUGGAGCGGGACGGCUGCUCCGAGCAAGAGUCGCAGCCGUGCGCCUUCAUCGGCAUCGGCAACAGCGACCAGGAAAUGCAGCAGCUUAAUUUAGAGGGGAAGAAUUAUUGCACAGCCAAAACCUUGUACAUAUCAGACUCCGACAAGAGAAAGCACUUCAUGUUGUCUGUCAAGAUGUUCUACAGCAACAGCACCGACAUCGGUGUCUUCCUCAGCAAGAGGAUCAAGGUCAUCUCCAAGCCUUCCAAAAAGAAGCAGUCCCUGAAAAACGCCGACUUGUGCAUCGCGUCGGGCACAAAGGUGGCGCUGUUCAACCGCCUACGCUCCCAAACGGUCAGCACGCGCUAUCUCCACGUAGAAGGGGGCAACUUCCACGCUAGCUCGCAGCAAUGGGGCGCUUUCUACAUCCAUCUUUUGGAUGACGAGGAGUCGGAGGGCGAAGAAUUCACGGUGCGAGACGGUUACAUUCAUUACGGCCAGACGGUCAAGCUAGUGUGUUCGGUCACCGGCAUGGCGCUGCCCAGAUUGAUCAUCCGGAAAGUAGACAAGCAGACGGCGCUGCUGGAUGCCGACGACCCGGUUUCCCAACUCCACAAGUGUGCCUUCUACCUGAAGGACACGGAGCGCAUGUACCUGUGCCUCUCACAAGAAAGGAUCAUCCAAUUUCAAGCCACACCAUGCCCAAAGGAACCAAACAAAGAGAUGAUCAACGACGGCGCUUCCUGGACAAUCAUCAGCACGGACAAGGCCGAAUACACGUUCUACGAGGGCAUGGGCCCCGUCCAGUCGACUGUCACCCCUGUGCCUGUGGUGGAGAGCCUGCAGCUCAACGGCGGUGGAGACGUCGCCAUGUUGGAGCUAACGGGACAGAACUUCACCCCGAAUUUGCGAGUGUGGUUUGGGGACGUGGAGGCGGAGACCAUGUACAGGUGCGCAGAAAGCAUGUUGUGCGUGGUGCCCGACAUCUCGGCGUUCCGCGAGGGCUGGCGCUGGGUGCGGCAGCCCGUGCAGGUGCCGGUGACGCUGGUAAGGAACGACGGCCUCAUCUACUCCACCUCACUGACCUUCACCUACACGCCGGAGCCCGGUCCGCGGCCGCACUGCAACGCCGCCGGCGCUAUCUUACGGGCCGGCAAUUCCGGCCUGUUGAACAACAGCGCCAACCCGGAGGCGAGCGGCGCCGUCUACGGCCCCGCGUCGGCAGUCACGUCCUCGUCAGCCGCCGCCGCCGUGGUCUCCUAA